GACAGAAAACUAGACCGUUUGGAAAAAUACUGAGACAAGGAGGCGGAGCAGUGUUUUUCUCUUCACUGACUGCGGCCAGUCAGUGUAUGAUGGGGCAGAUUGAGCAGCAGCGGACGUGAUACCGGACUUGGUUUAAUCGGAAUCACUGCUGGGUUUUGAUUCAGAGAGAUCACCUCAGUCAUGGAUAUUUCAGAACCCACAAAUCCGAACAACUAAACCUACUGUUUUAUAUUCUUCUACGAAUUAUCUGUUUUCAGUUCCUCAUAUUUUGUUUCAGUUGCCAGCGCCAUUGUAGGCUCCACCAUGGUGCAGAAGUAUCAGUCCCCAGUGAGGGUGUACAAACAUCCUUUUGAACUGGUCAUGGCAGCAUAUGAGAGGAGGUUUCCCACCUGUCAUCUGAUUCCCAUGUUUGUGGACAGUGAUGUGAUCAGUGAGGAGACCAGUGAAGAUCAGUCUUUUCAUAAGAUUGAGAGGAGGUGUAAACUUGAUGUGGAUGCACCGCGACUCCUCAAACGGAUUGCAGGCGUGGAUUAUGUCUACUUCAUUCAGAAGAACUCUCUGAACCACAGAGAAAGAACUCUUCAUAUUGAAUCUCACAAUGAAACCUUCUCCAACAGAGUCAUCAUUCAUGAAAUCUGCUGUUACUCGGUUCACCCAGAAAAUGAAGAAUGGACAUGUUUUGAACAAUCUGCCAGUCUGGACAUCAAAUCUUUCUUUGGUUUUGAGAGCACAGUGGAGAAGAUCGCCAUGAAGCAGUAUGCCAGCAGCAUCAAAAAGGGUAAGGAGAUUAUUGAAUACUACUUAAGGGAGCUAGAAGAAGAAGGUAUAACUUAUCUACCUCGGUGGAGCCCUUGCCCACCAUCACCCACAAAGGCAGUGGUGCCAGUUGUUAUUCCUGCAUUGCCCAUCACUCCCACAAUCUCCAUUGAAGCCCCUCCUGAGUGCAUGAAUGAGAUUCAAGUGUGUAAAGAGGGCAGCAGUCCUCCAGGCAGCCUGAACGACGCCCUUGUAGCCAGUCCAGAUGAUAAGCUGGAUGCAGACUACAUCAAACGGUAUCUGGGUGAUCUCACACCGCUUCAGGAGAGCUGUCUGAUUCGCCUGCGCCGCUGGUUACAGGAGACACACAAGGGCAAGAUCCCAAAAGAUGAGCACAUUCUACGGUUCCUGCGUGCACGGGACUUCAACAUAGAUAAGGCACGGGAGAUCCUUUGUCAGAGUCUGACCUGGAGGAAGCAGCAUCAGGUAGACUACCUCCUGGACACCUGGAGCUCUCCUCAGGUGUUGCACGAUUACUAUACCGGAGGCUGGCACCACCACGACAAGGAUGGCCGUCCUCUGUAUAUACUACGCCUAGGACAUAUGGACACUAAAGGACUGGUUCGAGCACUUGGAGAAGAAUCCCUGCUCAGACAUGUGCUGUCAAUCAACGAAGAGGGUCUGAGACGCUGUGAAGAGAACACCAAAGUCUUUGGUCGACCAAUUAGUUGUUGGACAUGUCUUGUCGAUCUUGAGGGGCUCAAUAUGAGGCAUCUGUGGCGUCCUGGAGUCAAAGCUCUGCUGAGGAUUAUUGAGGUGGUGGAGGCCAAUUACCCAGAGACCCUGGGCCGUCUACUCAUCCUCAGAGCUCCCAGAGUCUUUCCUGUCCUGUGGACGCUGGUGAGCCCUUUCAUUGAUGAGAAUACACGAAAGAAGUUUCUGAUCUAUGCAGGAAAUGACUACCAGGGCCCUGGCGGUCUUGUGGACUACAUUGAUAAAGAGAUCAUCCCUGACUUCCUUGGAGGAGAGUGUAUGUGUGAAGUGCCAGAGGGUGGCUUGGUUCCCAAGUCUCUGUACAGAACUGCAGAAGAACUGGAGAAUGAUGAGAUCAGGCUGUGGACGGAGACAAUUUACCAGAGUGCCAGCAUCUUCAAAGGAGCACCACAUGAGCUACUUAUUGAGAUCAUUGAUGCCUCCUCAGUCAUCACUUGGGACUUUGAUGUAUGUAAAGGCGAUGUGAUCUUCAAUAUCUACCACUCUAAACGAGCUCCACAGCCGCCAAGGAAAGAUCCACUGGCUACCCAUGGCAUCACCUCUCCUGCUGGCAACAAUGUGCAGCUUAUAGAUAAAUCCUGGCUGCUGGGACAGGACUACAGCAUGGUGGAGUCACCCCUCACCUGCAAAGAGGGAGAAAGUGUGCAGGGAUCACAUGUGACACGAUGGCCAGGUUUCUAUAUUUUGCAAUGGAAGUUCCACUCUAUGCCAGCAUGCGCCACCACAAACCUACCUCGGGUAGACGAUGUUCUGGCUACUCUGCAGGUGUCCUCUCACAAGUGCAAAGUCAUGUACUACACUGAGGUUCUGGGCUCAGAGGACUUUAGGGGCUCAAUGACCAGUUUGGAAUCCAGUCACAGUGGUUUUUCUCAGCUCAGCGCUGCCACCACAUCCUCCAGCCAGUCACAGUCCAGCUCUAUGAUCUCCAGGUAGAAUGUAAAGAAAUUUAGGCUCUAAAAUGUUUUAUUAGUUCAGUUUCUUGAUUCUCAAUAAACCUCAUUACUACUCUUA